ACCCAAUUAGAAAGAAAAUCAGUCAUGUAUAUGACAGAGAACCGGUUUUACGGCAUUCUUACGGCAGGUUUUCAUUUUUCUUUCCGAGGUGGCAGACGCGGAGCAGGAAGAUGUUGUUGAUCACGCUUUUCGUCAGUCUUUUUGCUGUACUUUUCGUGACAUGGUUGAUGGAUUACAUCAGACGAUGGCGAAUGCCCCCCGGCCCGUUUCCCUGGCCUGUCAUUGGAAAUCUUUCCAUGUUCUCCGGCAAGUCCCAUUUGACCUUCAUCGACCUUGCCAAGAAAUAUGGCGACGUUUUCAGCCUGAAGAAGGGCAUGACGGAUGUGGUGGUGCUGAACAGCGUGGAUGCCGUUCGGGAAGCUCUGGUGGAGAAGAGUGUUGCGUUUGCAGGCAGACCUCAUCUGCAAUCUUAUGAAAUAGAAUCGGAGGGCAGGAAAAACAUGGCCUUUACUGACUACAAUCCAGCCUGGAAACAGCACAGCAAACUCAUGAAGAGCGCUCUCAGGGAAUAUGCCUCCGAUAGAAACCUGGAAACCCAAGCCCAUGAAGCGUUUCGUUACAUCAUCGGUGAACUUGAGAAGGUCGAGGGUCAAGCAGUGGAUCUCAAUGCGCACAUCUCCAAUCUGAUCUACAAUAUUGUCUGCCCAGUUGCCUUUGGCGUCAGAUUUGACCUGAAGAGCGAGGAUUUUAAGAAUAUGACAAAAAGGUCCGAAGAAUUGAACAAAAAGCGUCCUCUUGGCGACAUUUACCCUUCCCUUGGAUUCCUGCCUCAUCGAGCAAAGACUGACUUGCAGAAGCUUGCUUGCACUACGGGGAGGUAUUUCAAACGCCAAGUGGACCGUCACCGCGAGGGAUUUAACCCAGAUGAUAUGCGUGACGUCACAGAUCACAUGAUCAAGGCUCAGAAGGAGGCGGAAGAGGAUGGAGCAUACGACAUCAGUGCACUGACAGACACUCAUCUUAGGCAGAUUGUGUAUGACGUCUUUAUGGGCGGAACUGAAACGACGAAACUUGCCCUACUCUGGGCUAUCCCGUCCCUGGCUGCCCACCCGGAGAUACAGGAGAAGGUAGCCGCCGAGCUUCACACUGUAGUCGGACGGGACAGGCUGCCUGGGCUUGGCGACCGCCAUGAUACUCCAUACACGGAGGCGACUGUGAAUGAAGUACUGAGGAUGGGAAUCCCUGAUCCACUGUCCUUACCGCGUGCCACGACUAAAGAUACAUCACUGCGUGGUUACCGUAUUCCGAAGGGCACGGUGGUUGUGCCGAACCUUUGGGCGCUGCACCAUGACCCUGACAUCUGGGGGGAUCCCCACACAUUCCGUCCGGAACGUUUCCUGGAUGAGACUGGCAAGCUGAUACCAAAGCCCUCUCCACAGAAAAUGGGCCUGGCCGAUACUUAUCUCCUGUUGGGAGGACUGGUGCAAAACUUCCACUUCAGCUUUCCGGGAGGUGAGAGGUCACCUGACGCGGAUGCACUUGCCAAAGUGAUCGUGACCUGCCGGAAAUAG